AUGGUAGAGAAGGGCCCAGAUCAGUGGCUAGAGAAAAUCAAAAAGUGCCAAGCGCUGACGGAGGGUGAGAUGAAGCAGCUGUGUGAGAUGGUGAAAGAGUUGUUGAUGGAGGAAUCUAAUAUUCAACCAGUGCAAACACCGGUAACGGUAUGCGGUGACAUCCACGGGCAGUUUCACGACUUGUUGGAACUGUUCCGCACGGCAGGCGGAUUCCCUGACCAGAUAAACUACAUUUUUCUCGGGGAUUACGUUGAUCGCGGUUACUACAGUCUGGAGACGUUCACGUUACUGAUGUGCCUAAAGGUCAAGUAUCCUGCAAGGCUGACGCUGGUGCGGGGCAACCACGAGUCACGUCAGAUUACGCAAGUUUACGGGUUCUAUGAGGAGUGUCUGAACAAGUAUGGAUCCACAACGGUGUGGAAGUACUGCUGCCAGGUGUUCGACUUCCUGACGCUCGCCGCAAUCAUCGACGGCAAGAUCUUGUGUGUACACGGUGGGCUGUCGCCUGAAAUUCGCAUGCUCGACCAAAUAAGAGUGCUGUCGCGUGCGCAAGAAGUGCCUCACGAGGGUGGGUUCUCAGACCUGUUGUGGAGUGACCCUGACAACGUCGAAGCGUGGCAAGUGUCGCCUCGGGGUGCAGGCUGGCUGUUUGGAAGCAAAGUUGCCCGCGAAUUCAACCACGUCAACGGGCUGAAUCUCAUCGCAAGAGCGCACCAGCUGGUUAUGGAGGGCUUCAAAUACCACUUUCCUGAAAAGGAUGUGGUCACCGUUUGGUCUGCGCCUAACUACUGCUACCGUUGCGGUAACGUUGCGAGCGUAAUGAAAGUCGACGAAGACCUCGAAACCACCUUUAAAAUUUUCUCUGCGGUGCCCGACGACUACAUUCAAGAAACGACACACAACAAUCAAAGGGGUGGCUACUUUUUGUGA